CACAAUGUUUUUCUGUGAAGUACCUUUUUCUCAAUUGUUUUUAGCCAUUCUUUGGUCAUUUUCAACUAUUAUUAUAUCUCUUGUUAGUGUUGUGAGUUUACCAAACAAUGAAAGUGUUCCAGCACUGUUUGUGUUUGGGGACUCCAUCUUAGAUACAGGUAACAAUGACUACAUUGAGACCUUCUUCAAAUGUAAUUUUCCACCAUAUGGUGAAGAUUUUGGUGGAGGAAAUCAACCGACUGGGAGGUUCAGCAAUGGUUUAAUCCCUUCAGACUUCCUUGCUGCAGAACUAAAAAUCAAGAAGCUUUUGCCUCCGUAUCUUGAUCCAAAUUUGAAACGUGAAGAUCUUCUCACAGGUGUAAGCUUUGCAUCUGGUGCUAGUGGAUAUGAUCCUCUAACUAAUAAUAUAGCAUUAGUGCUAUCAUUAUCAGAUCAACUAGACAAAUUCAAGGAAUACAAAACCAAGAUACAAGACAUGGUUGGAGAAAACACAACAACAACAAUUAUAUCGAAAAGCAUAUACAUCUUGUCCUCAGGAAGCAAUGAUAUUACCAAUACUUUCUUUUUAUUACCAUUUAGGCGACUACAGUAUAAUAUUUCAACUUACACAGAUUUAAUGGUUUCAAAAGCUAAAGAAUUCUUGGAAGAUCUUUAUGAACUUGGAGCUAGAAGGAUUGGAAUAGUUGGUUUGCCAAAUUUAGGGUGUCUGCCCUCUCAAAGAACACUGAGAGGAGGAUUUAACAGGACAUGUUCAGAUCUUGAAAACCAGGCUGCAAUGCUCUUCAACAACAAGUUAUCAUCUCAAAUAGAUAUCCUUGGAAAAAAUUUUACUGAUGCUAAACUUGUCUACCUUGAUAUUUACAAAAUAUUAUCGGAUAUGGUUCAAAAUGCCACUAAAUAUGGUUUUGAAGUAGCAGAUAAAGGAUGUUGUGGCACAGGAUAUUUUGAAGUAGGCGGUCUGUGUAAUUUUCUUUCCCAGAUAUGUUCAAACAGGUCAAACUACAUAUUUUGGGACAGUUUCCAUCCUACGGAAAAGGCAUAUAAUAUAAUUUCUUCUGAGGUGUUUGAUAGAAACAUCAAUAAAUUCUUCUAAGUUCCCCUCUUGUACUCCUACUAAUUUGAAUAUAACAAAAACAUAUAUGUUCUAUACUAUAAA